AUGGCCUCUAAAGAUGCGCAGAACCAAAGAAGUAGAGGUUUGCCUGGCUUUCUUCCUGGAGCUCCAGACCCUGACCACAAUUUUCAGGUCUCACUUCCCAACCCAGGGAACCAAGUGUGGCAGCCAGCUCUCCCUCCACCAGACAGUCUCCCUCCUGGUCUAGAAUAUUUAAGCCAGUUAGACCUGAUAAUUAUACACCAGCAGGUGGAGCUUCUUGGAAUGAUACUUGGCACUGAGACUUCCAACAAAUAUGAAAUUAAAAACAGCCUGGGACAAAGAAUUUACUUUGCAGUGGAGGAAAGCAUCUGCUUUAAUCGUACCUUCUGUUCCACGCUGCGAUCUUGUAGUCUAAAGAUCACGGAUAACUCAGGUCGGGAGGUGAUUACAGUACACAGGCCUCUGAGGUGUAACAGCUGCUGGUGCCCUUGCUACCUGCAAGAGUUAGAAAUCCAAGCCCCUCCUGGUACUAUAGUUGGUUAUGUUGCACAGAAGUGGGACCCCUUUCUGCCUAAAUUCACAAUCCAAAAUGCAAACAAAGAAGAUAUUUUGAAGAUUGUUGGUCCUUGUGCACCAUGUGGCUGUUUUGGCGAUGUGGAUUUUGAGGUGAAGACCAUUAAUGAAAAGCUUACAAUUGGGAAGAUUUCGAAAUACUGGUCAGGUUUUGUAAAUGAUGUCUUCACCAAUGCUGACAACUUCGGAAUUCAUGUUCCUGCAGAUCUAGAUGUAACAGUCAAAGCAGCGAUGAUAGGUGCUUGUUUUCUCUUUGUAAGUAUGGUCUUAAAGAGUAUGAGUGAUUUAUUUCCCUUUUCUUGUUAA